CGCGGAGUUCACACAUUACUGAUCAUAAUAAGUUCGUUUCAAUCGGUUAUUUGUGUCUUGUGUCCAAUCGUGUUCAAUAGUGUUUUGUGGCAAGACUUAGAAAAUGUCGAAAAGAAAAUUAGAAACUUCAGCGUCAGAUGCAGUAGAAGCAAAAAAACAAAAAGAAAUUGAAUACUCGUCAAACAUCUACUUGGAAUCAAUCGAGAUCGGCGACAAACAUGGAAUUGUCAUUGGCUACGUUGAAACAAUUUUUGACGAAGAAGAACACACGACGAGGGAUCAAUCUCGCACGUUUAAGCUGCGAAAAUUUCUUCUCAACAACACUAUGGGUUACAAAAUUCAAUGUCAUGCAUACAACGACAAUAUUAGAAAAUUUAUGCCAGAUUUGAAAGAACGAGAGAAAAUAAUGAUUACAGAUGCGCAAAUUAUAGCUAAAACAAGAUUUUCGCAAGGAACAGCUCCGUUCGACAUCAAUUUGAUAUUGACGUCACAAAUCGAAAAACUUGGCACCUUCGUGCCGACAAAAAAAAUUAAAAAAGUAACCUUCCAAGACGUUAAACAUUCAUUGGGAAACGUUAUAAACAUCCAAGGAUAUUUAAGAAGCACGUUUCGCUACGUAAACAAUAAAACUACCACAGAAUCAGUAGCAACAAUCACGGAUGGGCAAUGGAAAUUAAUAAUUUCGAUUUCUACAAGCGAAACGUUGAAUUUCGAAAGAGGAUCGAAAUUGGAUAUAACAGGAGAAUUAGACUACAAAGAUGACGAUUUCCAUCUAAACAUUUUAAACAUUAAAAACAUAUCGGUCAUCGAGGGAUCAACGAUGGAUUUGGAAGACUUGAUAAAAGGCAGUAAACGUAUCGUGAGAAAUUAAUACAUGACAUAUUUUUUUUUCUA